CCGGUAGAGGGAAUCCUUAUAUCACAUGACAGACGUACUGCAGAUAGGGAAGAGGUUGCAGAAGUGGGUGUCUGAUACUUGCUGGUGGAGAAUGCUGAGGCCCAAAGCCCUGACCCAGGUCCUUGCUCAAGCCAAUACUGGGGGUGUGCAGAGCACUCUGCUGCUGAACAAUGAAGGAUCUCUACUUGCAUAUUCUGGUUACGGUGACACAGAUGCCCGAGUUACGGCUGCUAUUGCUAGCAACAUAUGGGCUGCCUAUGAUAAAAACGGACAUCAAGCAUUCAACGAGGACAAUCUUAAAUUUAUCCUUAUGGACUGCAUGGAAGGCCGCGUGGCGAUCACCAGAGUGUCCAACUUGCUGCUGUGCAUGUAUGCCAAAGAGACUGUUGGCUUUGGGAUGCUAAAAGCCAAGGCCCAAGCUUUGGUGCAUUACCUGGAGGAACCUCUCAACCAGGUUUCAGCUUCUUAGGAGGAACAGCAGUGCAGGCAGAAGAAAAGAUUGUUUGCCAAUGGAGGAUGUGAGAGAUAUUGUGCUCACGGAAGAAGGCUGCUCCUGUUACCCACACAACCCCUCUGAAAGGAUGCAGACAAAAAGCCUCUAGUUUUCUUUCCCUGCUGCGGGACAUUUGUGCGACUGCCUAUGUCGGUAGUUAACGUCUAAGUUUCAAACUUUCUGUAAAUGUCUUUAAAAACGUAUCAAAAACACGCUUAACUAGAGAGAUCUGUUGACUGGAGAUGAUCAUGUGGACAUGUUUCUACUUUGUUGCAUCUCACAAAUAUUUAUAAAAAAUGUUUCUUUAUAA